UAGGACAUGGAGGCCGCCUCUCCUUACGGGAUGCGGUGAUGAUGCAAAAGAGUCACGGAUGUCUGCAAGUAGAAGCGGAGGGGCGGGGUCACGUCACGGCAUCCCAGCAUUCCAGUUUUUCAUAGGUUGACGGCGUAGGCUGGGGGAAAAGAAAAAAUAUAAAAACAACUGCGUGCGGGUACGUGCGGUUCACCUCGCAGCCGCCGUAUGUGACGUGACGGAUUCAGAGAGAAAAGGAGGGAGGCACCGCUGCAGCAGUGUAUCAUUGUCCGUCCUGUAGUCACGACAGGUGAGUGUCACUUUAUUGUCCCGGUUAUGCUGCUUUUGGAUUUGAGGUCUUUCUUUAGGCGUGGAAAAAUCCAGUGCUUGCUUCAGUUUGACCGACAUCACAGACACAGAGAGAGCUGAGAGCGCCGGCGGGCGGGUCCUGCAAAGCUUUCAACCACCACCUGAAGAUCUCCUCUCUGCAGCCUGGAGUGAAAUUUAGUCCGGUGAUCAUCCAGAUUGUUUCCAGAAGAUGGAGGAGCAGCAGGGAAAUCAGGUAACAGGUUAUCUCCUGUUCUCUCUGGGCACCGCCGUCAUCGGCUCUCUGCAGUUUGGUUACAACACAGGAGUCAUCAAUGCUCCGGAGCAGAAACUACGAUCGUUCUUCAACGAUACCUGGGUCGAGCGUUAUGGAGAGCCAAUCUCUGCGGGGGUAUGUACCAUGGUCUGGAGUGUUGCUGUCGCCAUCUUCAGUGUGGGCGGCAUGGUUGGCUCCUUCAGCGUAGGCGUCAUGGCAAACCGAUUUGGCAGGCGUCGCUCCAUGUUCCUGGUGAACUCCCUGGCUGUGAUCGGUGGCCUCCUCAUGGGCUUCUCCACUAUCUGCUCCUCCUACGAGAUGGUUAUCGCCGGUCGCCUGAUCAUCGGCCUGUUCUGCGGUCUCUUUACCGGUCUGACUCCCAUGUAUGUGGGGGAGGUGUCACCUACUCCCUUACGAGGAGCCUUCGGCACUCUUCACCAGCUCGGGGUGGUGGUGGGCAUCCUGAUCGCUCAGAUCUUUGGUCUGGAGGCUCUGCUGGGCUCAGCCAAGCUGUGGCCCCUGCUGCUGGCCCUCACUGUGGCCCCUGCUGUCCUGCAGUGCAUCCUGCUGCCCUUCUGUCCCGAGAGCCCUCGCUUCCUGCUCAUCAACCUCAAGCAGGAGGAGCAGGCACGUAAAGCACUGGUGCGUCUGCGAGGCAGUGAGGAUGUGAGUAAAGAUCUGCAGGAGAUGAAGGAGGAGAGCGCCAAGAUGGCCAUGGAGAAAAAGGUCACCAUCCCGGAGCUUUUCCGCUCUGCAGCGUAUCGUCAGCCCCUCCUUAUCGCUGUCAUGUUGCAGCUCUCCCAGCAGCUGUCUGGGAUCAACGCUGUGUUCUACUACUCCACAGGUAUCUUUGAUUCAGCUGGUGUCAAACAGCCCAUCUACGCCACCAUCGGAGCUGGCAUUGUCAACACUGUCUUCACUGUUGUAUCCCUCUUCCUGGUGGAGAAGGCAGGACGAAGGACUCUGCACCUGCUGGGACUGGGUGGAAUGGCGAUCAGCGCUCUGCUCAUGACCAUCUCCCUCCUGCUGAAGGACUUUCCCGUGAUGAGCUACAUGGCCAUCAUUGCUGUUAUGCUUUUUGUGGCUAUGUUUGAGCUUGGCCCCGGUCCAAUCCCAUGGUUCAUUGUGGCCGAGCUGUUCUCUCAGGGGCCCCGUCCAGCAGCUAUGGCUGUGGCUGGCUGCUGCAACUGGACGGCCAAUUUCCUGGUUGGAAUGAGCUUCCCAAAACUAGUGGAGGCAUGCGGGCCUUGGGUAUUCCUCAUCUUCACCGCCUUCCUAAUCAUCUUCUUCAUCUUCACCUUCAUCAAAGUCCCAGAGACGAAGGGUAAGACCUUCGAUGAGAUUGCUCGUAGCUUUGGCGGCGGCCCGCCUCCCACCUCCUCAUCUGUUGAGGAUCCUCCUGCCACUGCCAGCGCCGCCACAACGCUUCCUGCUUCACCAGUAAAGGAAAAGGUCCCGCUGGUGGAGGCGCCACCGCCGGCAGCAGCAGCAGUUGAUCAGCCCCCGGCAGCUGAAACCACACCCCUUGAUGAUAAAUCCAAAUCAACAGUGCAGGAGAGUGUGUAGAGCAGCUGUAGGUAGAGUUUAAUGGGUGAAGGGGGUUAUGAAUGAAGGAAGAAUCACAGAGAUUACAAAAGUGCUGUAAAUUGUAAUUAAUUAUCAAACCUUGGAACAAUAGAAACUUUAUAAUUUUAAUACCAAAAAUGGCAGCAUUAUCAGCUUAGAGGUGUUGACCUUUAAAAGGUCAUGCUUUCUGCUUUUAUGGUAGACUCCUUAUUAGUCUCUGACAUUUCCUCAACUUCCUUCUUUUAUAUUCUCCCUUCCUCACCUGUGAAAGGGAAGCAGUCACUGUACAAUGCUACAGAUUAAAUCUACUGUACAUUCCUAGGAAUUAAGCUACAUUCAUUAAAAGGGUGAGUCUUUUUCAAGACAGCUGUGUGUCUAGUCAGGGCGGCACUUUUCCAACACAAACGCAGGUUGUGUUAAUGGAAAGUGUUGCCAUCCAGGCAAAGGUCCAGGUUUAAAUGUCCGUCACUGCAGACUAGAAGCAGAAUGUGUUGACAACGGCACAGCCUUUUGUUUCCAGACAUGCUAAGUCCAUUCUGAGUUCAGGUCCAUGUAGUGCAAGAGGCGACAUGGAUAGCGAUGAUGCACUAUUUAUUUAUUUAUUUAUUUUUUAUUUAAUGUAUUUUUAAAGUUUAGACAGGCAUUGUAGUAGAUAUUAUAGUGCAAUAUAACUUGAUAGUUUCAUGUAGUGAUAUUUAAUGAUCUGUUAAUUCUUCUACUGAAGUGUUUUCAAAUUGCGGGUCUUAAGAAGGGAUUCUUAGAAUUUAUGUUCUGCCUUCAGCUGUUAAAUAUGAGCUGACAAGCUGUGGAGCUUUUUAGCAAUGCCAAAGUACUGAACUUUAAUUUCCACCUGGUGAACACGUGUAACUUUAAAUGUGUUUCAGUUUGGGAAAUUAGCAGCAGCAGCCACAGGUCUCAAGUUUAUUCAUUCUGAAAGCUAAAUUGGUGGUUAAAGCUGUAAUCCACAAGUUUGUUCAACUUUAUUUAGUUUAGCACCUUGUUCUGCUUUUUCUUGAAUUUAGGUAAAAGGAAUACAAAAUGAUCAUUUGUAUAUCAAUGUCUUACCCUGUGUAACACUGAGGUCAUGAAGAAAACUUUGCUCCACAGUGAACGAAGAAUCCAAAAACAGAGAAAAUGCUCAAUGGUUUGAAGCCAAAGGAGGCAGCGUUUAACAACAGCAAAACUAUAUCACAAAGCUGGUUUAUAAACUCUCACACAACUUGGCCUUAGUACAAUCUGAGUUAGCAAACAUUGGUCUGACGUUGACGUUUCCUUGGCCCAAACUGGUCCCGGUCAGACACCAAAAUCUGAAACGUGGUGAUACGGCAAAUGGCCAGAUGAUGGUGUUAUUUCCACCUCCAAUUCCAGGAAGUCCAUUCAGAUUCUGUCUUACAAGCAUAUUAUUAUAAUAUUGAUCAUAUUAUUGCUGUGAAAAAGCAAAUAGAUGCAUCUUUGGGGUUUUUUUUGUAUCACAACAAUGAUUUAUUGACAAUUUUAUUUCUUUGGUUGUGAAAUGGUUGUAAUCAGAUGGCCACACCAUGACGUCCUCUCCAAGUGCAAAGAGUAGUAUUACUGGAUGCCCUUUUUUUUUUGCACUCUUGCCUUCAAUCGAUAGGACAGUAUUAAGUGUGAAGGGGGAGUACAUGCAUUUGAACUCUGCUAAUGCUUUCCAUUUAGCAGAGUUCAAAUGAAUGUGUUUUCUCAGGCACGCUACAUGCAUGAGACUAUUUAUGCAGAAGUGUUUUAAAAAGAAAGGUUUUUGUGAAAAUGCAUGUGUUUGGGAAGUACUGAGCAUAUGACUGGAUAAAUGAGACCUGGAUUAUGCGGCACGGGUUGUUUGAGAGGUUGGAAACAUAUGUUUUGAUAUAGUUUUGCUGUUGUUAGAUGCGACCCCCUUUUACCAUCAAGAAUUUUCAUAUUUGGUUUCUUUGUUCAAAAAAGUUUUCCUGAAGAAUUCAUCGUAACAUGGGGUGAAUAACUGCUGUUCAAAAGGUCUUUUUGUGGAUGAAAUAUGCGUUUAACUGAGUUGGUGCUGAGUUCAGUCCAAACAAACAAAUUUCCUGUUUACCAGAGAAUUUGGUUUAAAAAAAAAUCAUUCACUCCUUAUUGAUUCAAUUUCCACUCAAAUUUAUGAAUAGACAAAUACAUAUUCUAUUGUUAAAUCUUGUGGAUUAUUGCUUUAUUGCAUUGGUAAAUUACUGCAAGCAUUUUAGGACAUGCUAUGACUGAGGCCUGUGGACAAAAACAUGUCGGCUGGAUUGUCAUAGAUUACAGUAGGGUAACGUGCAAUGUAUAUUAUUUUUUGUUAGAGAGAAAAUUAUAAGUAUUUAUUUCCUUAGAAAUUAAUUUUUAUAUGAAGUAUAAAAUUCUAAUACACUAAAGCCAGUUUAGAAUUGUAAUGCUUUCCAGAUUAGCCCAAGUAAUGAAAAGCUGGAUGAGUCUGCAGUGAACUUUUCCUGCUGUGGUGGAGUAAACCUACAUCACAUGAAGUGCAACACUGUAAAUCUCAUUUGUUACUCUCUGUGUAGAUGCACUUUGUAAACCAGAUAAGCAGCAAAGCAUUAGAACCAGAAUCACUAAUGUAGAAGCCAUUGAUAACAACAGCGCUUUGUGUCAAAUGAACAGAAUAAUAUUUCUAUUUACAAAGCGACUGCAUAUAUCUGGCCGAGCUGUUAUUAGAAUAGAUAGGUAUGAAAUGUGCAAUCAAAAAAGAAACUGCAGCCUGAAUUAUGUUGGAGCUAAUCAUGAAACGAGGAAAGUAACGGGGAAGUGCUAAUACUGUAUAAACAACGGAUACACAUUAUUUAAGUGACAGGCCGAUUUUAAUAGUUCCUGUCGUUUGAUUAGAAAAAAAAUAAUCUGGUUACCUUAUAUGAUUUUUUUCUUUAUUAUUUUUACAUUUUCACAAAGGGAGAAAUGACAAAAAACUCAAUUUUGUUGACCUCGAUGAUGAUCUGAGAAAAUAAUUUGUUAAAAUCAAAACAAGGAGUGUAAUUCCAAAAUGAGAUAUCCACCAUUUUAAAAACCAGGCUCCUCUUAUUACAGCAGGACAUGAAGUUAUGGUGGUGUCAUAACAUUGGGAGUUUACAAAUAAGAUUCAAAAGCAGAGAAGCUUUGGCAAGAAGGAUUUCUUAUUGAUUUAGAGGGCAGAAACUACACAUCAUGUGUUGUAUUGAAUCAAAGAAAAAGAGACAGAUUUUUAAAAAUUCUGAAUUUUAAAAAAUGUUUUGUCUUUGUCUCCUAAUUUUGUCUGUUGGCUACAGUAGCUAUCUCGUGUUCCAAUAACUGCAGUAUUCUGUCAAUCAUUAAUUUUGGUGUCUUACGAUGGUAAUAUUAAGAGAGCAGAGGUUACAGGAGAAAUAAUCUCAUGUGUUUUACUUCCAGCCUCUGGUCUCUGAAGGUUCUGUAUGCGACAUUCAGAGCAUCAAUAUAGCAGAAAAUCACUAUUUGCAAUGUAAAAAUAUAGUGGAGUAAUGGCAGUCAAACUACCUGUGUGUGUGUUAUAAUCUGAGCUUCUCUGUAGUUUGUUGUGGUAAGCCACAUGUGCAUAUAAAAAGACCUGGACUCAGCGUUGAAGUGGGGUCACGUUCAUUCCUAUGAAAGUUGAUCGAUGAUGCAUGAAGCCAAAAAAACUUGACUUCCUGGUUUUUAAAUUACCCGAGAACUUCUGCAUCGUUGGGUCAAUAGACCAAACACACUAGAGACUUUGCUGGCUGAGCAGCUAACUUCCAGUUUAGGGAUGAAAUGAUCAGGGCUGCCCCGAAUAGAUAGAGAGGGAGUGAUAGAGAGGGGGUAAGAGAAGGUGGAAGGUGGACUAUAGCACGCAAUGUUUCUGUUUGCAAAUUAGUAUCCCUUGCCACCUUUUUCCAGUUUCCUCCACCAGUUUACUGGUGAAAAAACAAAACAAAAAAUGAAGCAUUCAAAUACUGACUUGGACGUCAAUUACCGUGGCAACCACUGAAGCUUCGAAGCUUCAAAUCAUUCAGGUCAGCCCUUAAAACGAUUUAAUCAUGCGGCUGUGGAUCAAAUGGAUCAAAUCCCAAAAGUGAAGGCAGUCAUUUUGCAUGGGUCGUGACACUCAAAAAAAUGUAUCCACUGAUUUGCAGACGUCUCUUUUAAAGUGUAAGUCUAUGGGAAAAAGUAUUUUUGGGCCAAAUGGCAUCACGUGACAAACCUACAAGUUGUAGUUAAACAGCUGGACUACUAUGUCAAAUUGGCUUAAAAGUCUGUGGAAGUGUAAUAAUGAUAAUAAUGAU